UUUAACAAUAAAUAAACCAUUUACAAAAUAAAUUCAAAUUUCUGUUUACAAAUUUAUUUAACUAAAAUUUACAUUUUAAAAUGUCGGCUAAUCCCAUCAAAACUAAACGCCCCGGUAUUAUUGAGAUUCAAUGGAAUGUCAUGGAUGGUGGUACGGAUAAAAUUGGCAAGGCUUCGGGUAUGAAAAUCGAAUACUCCAUUUCGGAUGAAAUUGAUUUUGCACAGAAACUCUCAAUAAUGAUGAGAAAGCAAUUAAUGCGCCAGCUGUUGCUUAAAGAAAACGACAUGUAUCAACAGGAACUCAAUAGCAUUGGACGUUUACAUUCACAUGAUACCGUUUCUGAGGAGUUGAGAAAAUGUAACCGGGAUCAAGGAAAGAAGAAACAAAAAUAUGUGAAUAAUGCACAAGUAUCACAGUUGGGUAAAUUGUUUAAAGUCUAUGACGAUUAGAAGAUGAGAUGUAAAUAGAUGUUUGAUUAUUUUUAAUAAAAUAUUGAACAUGUCUUUGAAUUUGA